GCAGCCCUGUCCUGACCGCCACAGUGAGCAGUCCCUACAUCCAAGAAAAUAUCGCACCACACCGCCGGCCGGCAACUCCCAAGAACAGCGGCGAGCAUCUCGCCUCGGCUGGCCAUGGCUGCCGCUCCUGUGUCGGUCCCCCGCAUGAAGCUGGGCUCGCAGGGGCUGGAGGUCUCCGCGCAGGGCCUCGGCUGCAUGGGCAUGUCCGCCUUCUACGGCCCGCCCAAGCCCGAGUCGGACAUGAUCGCGCUCAUCCGCCACGCCGUCGCCGCCGGCGUCACCUUCCUCGACACCUCCGACAUAUACGGCCCGCACACCAACGAGAUCCUCCUCGGCAAGGCGCUGCAAGGCGGGGUGAGGGAGAAGGUGGAUCUGGCCACAAAGUUCGGCAUCUCGUUUGCUGACGGCAAACAGGAAAUCCGCGGCGACCCGGCGUACGUGCGGGCCGCGUGCGAGGGCAGCCUCAAGCGGCUCGGCGUUGACUGCGUCGACCUAUACUACCAGCACCGCAUCGACAAGAGGGUGCCCAUUGAGGUUACGAUUAGUGAACUCAAGAAGCUGGUUGAAGAAGGAAAGAUAAAGUACAUCGGAUUAUCUGAAGCAUCUGCAUCAACAAUCAGAAGAGCUCAUGCAGUCCAUCCUAUAACUGCAGUUCAGCUCGAGUGGUCAUUAUGGUCCAGAGAUGUGGAAGAAGAUAUAAUUCCUACUUGCAGAGAACUUGGAAUUGGAAUUGUGGCUUACAGUCCACUAGGAAGAGGGUUCUUCUCCAGUGGGCCAAAACUUGUUGAUUCACUAUCAGAGCAGGACUUCCGCAAGAAUAUCCCUAGAUUUCAACCAGAGAAUCUUAACAAGAAUGCCCAGAUAUUUGAGCGUGUUAACGCAAUGGCAACAAGAAAAGGAUGCACACCAUCACAACUUGCAUUGGCUUGGGUUCACCAUCAGGGAAACGACGUUUGCCCCAUACCUGGCACAACAAAAAUUGAGAAUUUCAACCAGAAUGUGGGAGCACUGUCUGUGAAGCUCACACCAGAUGAGAUGACCGAACUAGAGUCGUACGCUGCUGCAGGUGACGUCCAGGGAGACAGAUAUCCUCAAAUGUUCAGCACCUGGAAGGAUUCUGAGACCCCUCCAUUGUCGUCUUGGAAAUCCGAAUUGUUGGACAGCAGAAGACGCUGAGGUCUACGCUGCAAGAGCGUCCAUGAGAUGUGCUCGUGUUGUUGGAAAUGACAAUGUGUGUUAGUGUGAAUUAUAUUCCUCGUUGCUUCUGUGUGCGCUUAAAAGUUAAAACCACAGGUGCGAUCAAUAAGCUUGUGCACUGUAUGAUGAGUACUCAGCAUAGUAGUAAAUAAAGUUUUCAAAUAUACGAAAGUGUGAGAGUAAGACAUUAUUUGGCUGAAACUGGGUAACGAUCUUGUAUACUUUAUUUUAAACAUUUUGUAAAAUUUGGGUGUCAAUGGCACCGAAUGUGCUUGGGGGCCCUUGGAGAAAAUUCUAAUGCGGGCACAGUAUACCCCAAGAAACGAAAAGCUCUUACCUUCC